GUGAAAACGCACACGUGAUGUCUUUUGACGGAGCUGAAAGGCCAUGGAAAUGUGGGAAAGGGGGUACUGUGAAUUUACAGAAAGUGACUUCCAUUGUUCGGGACAUUGGGGAACCUUGUCUUCAUCAGUCAUCAAUAAAGACAAUGGUCAACUGGAUAGUCUAGGCCAAGUGUUAACUUGGUUUCAGGUGGUGUCGGGCCUCAAAAUUGAGGAAGUGUGAGAUUAUUCCUGUUGGGGUGGUGGAAAACAUUGAUUUUCUCGCUCAUUUGUUGCAAUGAUGUGUAGGGGUUCUCUCUUCUACGUAUUUGGGUUUAGCUUUGGGUGCCUCGAAUAGAUACAUUUAAUGUAUGGAACCCAGUCCUUUAGAGGGUUUAAAAGAGACUUGUAGGUUGUCAAAAGAGAUAAUUGUCCAAAGGUGGGAAUGAAUUACUUAUAAAGAGCACUUUGUUGAGCAUCCCGACUUACUUUAUGUCUUUGUUUUAAGCUCCUAUCAGUGUUACAGGAAAAUUGGGAAGGCUCUGGAGGAACUUCCUUUGGAAGGGGCAAAGAAGUAUCGUUUGGUUUGAUGGGAGACUGUGACGAUUCCUAAAUGUUUGGGGGAGGGGAGGAGGCUAGGAGUCAGAUUUUUGAGUGUCUUUAACAAAGCUUUGUUUGGGAAAUGGUUGUGGAGAUACCGGGUGGAGCUCCAAUCCUUAUGAAGAAUGGUGAUAGUUGAUAAGUAUGGGGUAAUGGAAAGGGGUUGGAAAACUAAUGAUACCACUUUGGCAUUUGGUUGUGGACUUUGGAGGAACAUCACGAGGGAAGAACAGAUUUUUAUGAUAAUGUCUUUCAGGGUAGGGAAGGGAGUAAAGUUAGUUUUGGGAAAACAAAUGGAGUGGAGACAUGUUGCUAAUCCAAGCAUUUAUGGGGUGUCGUGUCAAAGGGACCCGGUAGUCCAGCACAUAAGGGGGGCUCAAGGGGAAGAAAUGUUUUGGGAUUUGAGGGUUAGGAGGGAUUUCAAGAUUGGGAAGUGGAGGAGUUUCCAAGAUUACUAGCUCUGCUCCAUCUUCAUUGUGAGCAGGUGAAUAGACCUGUAUGUUGAGAUGGAAGUUGGGUAACCAUUGUGUAUUUUCAGUUAAGUCUUUUUAUGAUAAUCUUUUGGCAAGGGAGAAGGAGGUGUUUCCUAUAAAGUCAGUUUGGAUUCCUUAGGUGCCGAGGGAAGUAUUUUUUUCACGUGGUUAGCUGCUGCUAGAGGGGUAAUCAUGACGGCGGAAAAGAAAGCUUGUGUAUCAACUGGUAUUAUUUAUGCAAGGACAUGAUUGAGGAUGUAAAUCAUCUUCAACUACAUUGCAGUUUGGCUACGAGACUCUGGUGGGAUAUGUUCAGCUGGUUUCGUAUGUCUUGGACUAUGCCUAGAUCUGUAAAGGAACUUUUGUUUUGCUGCAAAGAUGGAAGAAGCGGGAGGAAGUGCAGGGCAUGGGGUGUGGUCCUUCUGGCUUUGAUGUGGAUUGUUUGGAGAGAGAGAAAUAGGAGGGCCUUUGAAGGGGAUGAGCAAAAUGCUUAAGCCUGACAGGUGGCAGACAAUCUUUGAAAAGGAUGGGAAGGUACAUGGUUUUAGGAAAGUGCUGAAAUUGAUCAUAUUGGGGGGUGUGGAUCCAUCCAUAAGGCCAGAAGUUUGGGAAUUUCUCUUGGGCUGUUAUGCUUUGGGAAGCUCUGCUGAAUACCGAAAGCAGCUGAGGACAGCUAGAAGGGAACGUUACAGAGACCUCAUAAAGCAGUGUCAAGCAAUGCAUUCCAGUAUAGGAACUGGUUCCCUUGCUUAUGUUGUUGGGUCCAAAGUCAUGGACAUGAGAACAAGUUCCAAAGAUGACUGCCGAAGAGAAGCUGAUGUCAAGAGCAGUCAAGCUUCUGAUGUAAAUACUGACAAUUUAUACGGUUACAGUGAUUUUGAUAAUAAUUGUAUAGACACACCACAUGCACAUCAAAGGGAAAACUCUAGUGAUUCUGGUGACCUUAUAAGUGCAAGGGGAAGCACAGAUGGGGCAGCAUUGGACUCUUUCUUUUCUGUGCCUACUUUGGGUCCAUACGACCGCCGAUCCUCCGAACUUGGGGGUGAAGCAUGUCAAUCAGAAUCUGUAAAUGAGAACUACUUUGAUUUUCCUGCUUUACCUGUUACAGACUUAUUUGGGAAGAGUGUAAAAAAUAAGAAAGGUCAUAGGUCAUAUGGUAAGAGAAUUUUAGCAAGGCGUAAAUUGAAAUAUGGAGAUGACAAGAUGCACAGUUUCAGAAUAAAUAAGAAUGCAGAUCUAGUCGUAGAAGCAAAUGUUUCCUCAUCAUAUGACGUGUCUCAUUCCCUGAACUCUGAAAUUGAGAGGGUUCGUCCUACUGGGCCGGAUUCAUUGUCAUGGUCUGGAAAAUUCCAGGAACGUGAAACAGAGAUUGUUAGCAGAAUCAGAAUAUCUGACGCAUCCGACACUCCAAAUAUGAAUGCAAGAACACCUCCAAGUGGUGGUUUCAGUGAUGAAAGAGUUUCAGAAUGGCUCUGGACAUUACAUCAGAUAGUUGUUGAUGUAGUCAGAACAGAUAGCCAUCUUGAAUUUUAUGAGGAUAGAAAAAAUUUGGCUAGAAUGUCAGAUAUCUUGGCUGUAUAUGCAUGGGUUGAUCCGGCAACGGGAUAUUGCCAAGGAAUGAGUGAUCUUUUGUCUCCUUUUGUUGUUCUGUUUGAGGAUAAUGCUGAUGCAUUCUGGUGCUUUGAGAUGCUUCUACGGAGAAUGCGUGAGAACUUUCAGAUGGAAGGACCAACUGGUGUCAUGAAGCAAUUACAAGCUCUGUGGCAUAUUGUGGAACUUACAGAUCGGGAAAUGUUUUCUCAUUUGUCAAGCAUAGGUGCUGAAAGCCUUCACUUUGCCUUCCGGAUGCUGUUGGUGCUCUUCCGCCGAGAAUUAUCUUUUAAUGAGGUUCUUUGUAUGUGGGAGACUUUGCAGAUGAUGUGGGCUGCAGAUUUUGAUGAAUCAAUUGCUUUUCAUCUAGAGGAGAACUGCCCUGAAAUAUUGGUCAUUCAGAUUCCAAAGGAAUCUGAGGCAGAAUCUGGAGAAGAAAAUUUUGAGAAUAACAAUAGUGAUUCAAAGGAUGACUCACCCUCUAAACAUGGAAGUGGAGAGCGUACCGUGUCUGAAAACAACGGGAUGAAACUUUCCUUAGCUCAUCCAUUUUGUGGCCUGACAAGGAAUUUUUGGUCCAAAAGUAAUGGCAUGCACAAUGUUAAUAUGGUCUCAUCAACAAGGAGUACUGUUGAUGAAUUACCAGUUUUUUGUGUAGCAGCUAUUCUUGUCAUGAACCACCAGAAGAUCAUUAAACAAACUCGCUCAAUCGAUGAUCUUAUCAAGAUAUUCAAUGACAAUAUGUUAAAGAUUCGGGUCAAGAGGUGUGUACGGACUGCCAUCAAACUGCGGAGGAAGUACUUCUACAAGCUGAUUAAAGGUAGAAAUCCAGCAGCCCAAAAUGGUGACUGAGUGUUUGGUCUCUUCCAUUUGCUUAGAUGGCCAGGCAGAUCUCUCAUGUGGAGUUGUUAACUGUAAUAUGAUUUUAACGUUGGAGUGCAGAACAAUUAUCAGAUAUAGUUUUAUUUGGAGUUUUUACAACAAUGUGAUUGGCAUUUGAGUAUACGUCCAUGCACUACCUUCACCCAAGGACUGUUAAGUUGCAUGUUUCCUUUACCUUGGUUGGUGAAUACAAUCAAGUGGUUAGGGAACACGAAAAUUUUUCUGUCCUAAAGUUAGUGGUAAGGAUUAUGUAUCAGCAGUUUCGAUAAACUUGUCAGCAUUGAGAUGUCUCAGGGGAAAGCUUAAGAAUUGAUGAGAAUUAGGAGGGUCAUUCAGAUGAUAAUAUUUCUGGAGAAGAAAUUUUUUAUGAUUUUUUCAUAUCUUUGUUACCUAACUUGUCUUGAAACAGUAAAAAAUAUUUAUUUCUCUGGGCCAAAUGUGUUGUGCCGUACUUUAUGUGGAAUUAUUCAUGCUCUUCAGAGUUGUUUGCAUGCAGAUUAACUCAUUGCCGUCAUCUGUCUCUCUCUCUCCAUAUAGUAACUGCUGAUCAACUACAAAAACAGAUUCAUGAGAGAACCUUCUAUUAUAACGUUGUUGGUGAAUUA